GAUAACAUAAUAGAAAUAACUCGUAAAUAGGUACGCUGUUGACUGUGUGUAUGAAAUAUAUAAUAUUUACUUGCAACUAGUAGAAAAGUUACUCGCUUAAAUUUAGCCAUGAAAGUCGCUGAUAACAUUAACCCUAACGUGUACGAGAAGGGCUCGGUAAGAGAAGUUACUAAAAGCGAUCUAGAUGAAGAGCUGAAAGAUGAUUUUGAUCAACGUGAAAUUUUUGAUAUCAUACGAAACAUCAGCGACCCAGAACAUCCUUUGACUUUAGAAGAACUUCGUGUAGUCGAGGAGAGCAAUGUUAUUAUUGAUAAUGAAAAUAAUAUGGUACAUGUGUACUUUACACCAACAAUUCCCCAUUGCAGCAUGGCAACGUUGAUAGGUCUUUCAAUUCGAGUCCAGCUUCUCCGAGCCCUACCAAGUAGGUUCAAAGUGACUGUUGAGGUGACAGAAGGAACUCAUGUAUCAGAACAUGCAGUAAACAAACAGCUAGCAGAUAAAGAAAGAAUUGCAGCUGCAUUAGAGAAUAACAACUUAGUGCAAAUUAUUAAUCAGUGUGUUCGAUCUGUUUAGAGUAUAAUGUGUAUAUUAAGUUACAUUCUAAAGUUUAAUAACAUAAGUGUAAAAGGAGUUGGAUUAGUACAUGUCUGUUACACUCUGUGACUGAAUUUUUAUAUGGAAAUAAAGUUGUAGAUGUCAGCACCUAUAUGUAAAUAUAUAUAAUAAAAU